ACUGAGUUCACAUCCAGGUGAGUAUCGAUCUGGGAGUGUUUGCACAGAGCGAAGGACAGCGCUGUCGCCUCGUUCACGCUCGGUCCCGACACACAACCAUGUUUUCUGCAGCGAUGCACAGGAGUCUACUCUGUGUUACUUUGACUUUGGCCUUUAUAAGCGAGGUUGGCGUCACGGCAGCGGGCCAUGGGGAGCCCAGCGUGCGCGAGGCCCGAGCGGCGGGCGGUGGGGGGGUGGUGCACCCGGUGGACUGCGCCGUGUCCGAGUGGAGCGCCUGGUCCCGCUGCGACACAUGCCAGAGGAAGCGGUAUCGCUACUUGAAGCUUGAGCAGCCGUCGCAGUUCGGGGGAAACCCGUGCGACACUCACGACCGGGAGGAGGAGGCCUGCGAGGUGCCAGCGCGCUACACCUGCGACAACGUGCCUCUGUGCGAGGGGUUUCUCUGCAACCAAACAGGUCGCUGCAUUCACAGAACUCUGAAGUGUAACGGGGAGGAUGACUGUGGGGACAUGUCUGAUGAAGUGGGCUGUAAGAAGGCGCGCAAGCCCUGCCGGGAGGAGGCCGAGGAGUACUGGGGCAUUGAGAACCUCGCCAAAGGAAUCAACGCCCUGAACAGCGAACUGGAAGGACUGGUGCUGGAUAACAGAUACUAUGCCGGCAGCUGUUUGCCGCACUACGUCCAGGACGUGCGCUUCAGGAAGCCUUACAACCUGCAGCAGUUCACUUAUGAGACAAAAGGCUCAUAUGACUUCACCCUGGAGGCUUUUUCGUCCUACUCUAACUACAUGGAGGAGAUGACCAAGGAGUACUCGUCUAAGACGUCCUUUUCAAUAGGCUUCGGCGUUCCCGGCCUGUUCGACUUUGGCUUCAACUACAGCGGCAGCAAAUACAGCAAGUCAGUGCGGAAGAGUCGUCGGGCCUCGACGAAGGUCAACAGCUUCGUGAGGGCCAAGGCGGAGCUGGAGUUGGCUCAGUACAUGCUGAAGUCGGACGAUCUGAUGCUUCACCCCGGGUUCCUGCAGCGCCUGCGCUCCCUGCCACAGGCGUACGUCUACGGGGAGUACAGGCAGAUAUUCAGAGACUACGGCACCCACUACAUCACAGAGGCCGCCCUGGGAGGAGACUACAGUCACACCAUUAUAAUAAACAAGGACAAGCUGCAGAAGUCGGGUUACACUUUGGACCAGUACAAGAACUGCGUGCAGGUUGGCCUCAACGUGGGGGUCAACAUAAAAGGCGUUUAUGUGACCGGAGGAGUCGAAGGCGGCGGCUGCGACGGUUUGCUGAACGAGAUGGGGGAGGACACGGUGAAGGGCAGCAUGGUGGAGGACUUCAUUGCCGUGGUGCGUGGGGGCAGCAGUGAAUCCAUCACUGCGCUGGUGUCCAAGAAGCUUCCCACCCCAGCGCUGAUGGGGCUCUGGGGUGAAGGCGUCCGCUUCAACCCCGAUUUCAUACGCAAAACAACACGUCCAAUAUAUGCACUGGUGACGUCCAGGGACUUCAGCAAUGACGCCAUCCUGAAGACGAACCUGAAGAGAGCCCUGUCAGAGUACCUGGCAGAGGCCAGCGCCUGUCGCUGCGCUCCCUGCCGCAACAACGGAGUCGCUGUUCUAAAAGGCUCCCGGUGUGACUGCGUGUGCCCCCUCGGCUACACCGGCCGUGGCUGCGAGACGACUCAGCGACAAAAAGAACUCGCCAUCGACGGCGGCUGGAGCUGCUGGGGCGGGUGGUCCCCCUGCAGCGGAGGCGCCAAGACGAGGAGCCGGCAGUGUGACAACCCAGCGCCCGGCAACGGGGGCAUGGACUGCAGAGGACUGCAGCAGGAGUCCACGGAGUGCGCGUCCUUCCAGAAAUAA